AUGGUUAGUGAGCAACCAAGUUUAGUCGGACAUUCAGUUCGUGACAUCGAUGACAGCGAAAAUCCAGACUUUGUUCCAGAGAAAAUGCCUGAUUUCAGUCAAUUAAACGAGUCAGUCAGGAAACUUCACCUCAAAAACCCCUCUUCGGACAAUGUUGACCACUACACGAGUGUGGCCGAAUUGAAUAAAGAGGGUGCUCUUUUGACUGAUGACCACGAUGUUGAUCUGGAUGCCAUGAUUGCUAAGGGACUCGAUGACAUUAGUGAAUUGAAGUCGUCCUUAGAAAAGAAGAAGAAAAAGGGUAAGGGUACCACCAGGAGCUCGCUUUCAGCCAGUUCCUACUCGCACGACCAUAGUAAUGAUAUCUCUCCAGUUCAUUCUGGUACUGUAGACUCUUUGGUUACAAGCACUGAUCCUAUUGACGAUAGUAUUAUGAUUUCUCCCGAAGAUGAAAAAGAUUAUUUGAGAACGAGAUCUGCCAAUAGAAGCGAAAGAAAGCCUUCUGAUCCACAUAGCCAUAGUCAUUCUGUGAUCAGAAACUCUUACGGUGAAAUCAUUGAUGACAAAUCUGAGAGACCACAUUUGGCUAGAGGUGAUUCUUACCAACAAUCGUCAGAAGACCUCGAUACUGUGUCUUCUCCAGGAAGAAGUGGUAGAUCAAAGAAAAGAUUGCAAAGUGACUACUUACGUUCGCUUUCUCGCUCUUUACAAAGGGACCAUGUUGACCAUAAGAAAGUUUCGGAUGACACAGGGAUGAUUUAUUCAACUACAAGCUAUUCCAUUUCUCAAAGAGAUGUCGAAAAUGCCCCUCAUGUUAUUCGAGAAACUUCUGAAGAAGAUUCGGCGAGGCAUCUUGCAGCCCCCAACAGAUACUAA